CCGAAGGAUAAUCAUAGGCUCCGGCUGACGACGUUGAAUCUCCGCGCACAAAGCAACUUUUCACCGCGAAAGAACGGACAUAGAAGGCAGCAUCUCCGGGGAAAGCCCUUUAGCUUUUCAAUGUCUGCUCGUCUGCGUGACCAGCCUCGCGCGAUUAGCCGUUAGUUCGACGACACCGCCUGCCGAAGCCGCAGAUGAAGACUCAAGCGCAGUCGGAACGUGGAUGGUGGCAGCCGAUGGCGGGAGGAGCCAAUGGGACGAUGGCUGGGAGGAAGCAUGCUGAUGAGAUACGCUUACAGAACGAUGACGGACAGGUGGUGGUCGCUGGCGGUUCUGGAAUGGUUUCUUACGAGUGGCAGAGCCCCACCAUUGAAUGCGCAAAGCAGAAACACACCCCGCCACGAGCCGUCACGUCACAGCACAGCACAGGUCCAGUCCGAAGCCCAUUUUCACAACAGCUCAACAUUUUUUCACUCCCCCCUGUGAAACACUGCAAUUGACUCUGACGAGGAAAACAACCCAGUUUCAGCUCUACGCCCGCCGAAAUACAGUACACGCACAGUCACCAUGCCCGGAUUCUCGCAGGCUAAUGAGCUCGGGGCCUGGACGGAGCUCGCCAAGCACCACAAGGAGCUCUCCAAAGACAUCAUCCUCCGUGAAUACUUCAAGAAUGACCCAAACCGCUUCAAGAAGUUCUCUUACACGUUCAAGAACGAUGCCGAUGGCACCGAGAUCGUCUGGGAUUUUAGCAAGAACUUCUUGACCGAUGAGACCCUGGCCCUGCUUGUCAAGCUCGCGAAGCAGGCCAAUCUCGAGCAGCUGCGCGAUGACAUGUUCGCUGGCAAGAAGAUCAAUUUCACCGAGAACAGAGCCGUGCUCCAUGUUGCGCUGAGAAACGUGUCGAAUUGGCCCAUCGAGGUGGACGGCAAGAGCGUCGUCGAGGGCGUCAACGAGGUGCUCGAACACAUGAAAGAGUUUACCGAGCAGGUCCGAAGCGGCGAGUGGAAGGGCUACACCGGCAAGCCGAUCAAGACCAUCAUCAACAUCGGCAUCGGUGGAUCGGAUUUGGGCCCAGUCAUGGUCACCGAAGCUCUCAAGCCUUACGGCAAACGCGACUUCGAUCUCCACUUCGUCUCCAACAUUGACGGCACCCACAUUGCUGAGGCCCUCAAGGUCUCCGACCCAGAAACAACCCUUUUCUUGAUCGCCUCAAAGACCUUCACCACCGCCGAGACAUGCACAAAUGCGGCCACCGCCAAGAACUGGUUCCUGAAGUCUGCCACCGAGAAAGACGUCGCGAAGCACUUCGUUGCGCUGUCUACAAACAAGGCCGAGGUCGAAAAAUUCGGCAUCGACUCGAAGAACAUGUUCCCCUUCUCCGACUGGGUCGGCGGUCGUUAUAGCGUCUGGUCUGCCAUCGGUUUGAGCGUGGCGCUAUACAUUGGCUACGACAACUUCCACCAAUUCUUGGCUGGCGCUCACGCGAUGGACAAGCACUUCAAGGAAACGCCGCUCGAGAAGAACAUUCCAGUCAUUGGUGGUCUCCUGAGCGUCUGGUACUCCGACUUCUUCGGUGCUCAGACCCACCUUGUCGCGCCCUACGACCAGUACAUGCAUCGAUUCCCCGCCUACCUACAACAGCUUUCCAUGGAGUCGAACGGCAAGGCCAUCUCCCGCGACGGCAAAUACGUGCAGUACACCACCGGUCCUAUUCUCUUCGGCGAGCCGGGCACCAACUCGCAGCAUUCGUUCUUCCAGCUGGUCCACCAGGGCACCAAGCUCAUUCCGACGGACUUCAUUCUAGCAGCCAACAGCCACAACCCGGUGGAGAACAACCUGCACCAGCGAAUGCUCGCCUCCAACUUUUUCGCCCAGUCCGAGGCGCUCAUGUUGGGCAAGACCAGCGACGAGGUCAAGGCCGAGGGGACCCCAGAUGAGCUGGUCCCACACAAGACCUUCCUUGGCAACCGCCCCACCACGUCCAUUCUUGCGGACAAGAUCACACCCGCCACGCUGGGAGCGUUGAUCGUGUACUACGAACACCUGACCUUCACCGAGGGUGCCAUUUGGAACAUCAACUCGUUUGAUCAGUGGGGCGUCGAGCUUGGAAAGGUGCUUGCCAAGAAGAUUCUCGGCGAGCUUGACCCCAGCGCGCCGGUCGGAGAUCACGAUUCGAGUACCAAGGGGCUCAUCGAGCUCUUCAAGAGCAAGCUGGCAUGAAUCUCAAGGGCUCCUGGAGGUCCGAGGUUGUGAAGGACACAAAUUGUAGUUCGUCAUACGGUGGACAUGGACGUGAACGGACGGAGAGCGAGGAGAAGCUGUCACGAAGCAGAAAAGUAGGAUGCGACCCAGCGGCAAAAAGAAGCUCCCCACCCCUAUGUACAUUGUUCUGACAGAGUGAAAACGUCCCCAAAAAAUAAAAGCGCGAUGAAACCGAGCCCGAAACUGUGUGAUGGUUUGUUGUUCCGAUCCUAGACCCUCGUUUGUUCUGCUUACGCUGUAUUACCUUCCUGCGCUGCCCGAUGACCUUGUCAGUCGCACAUGUCGUAGCGACAGUCGCGAGCGGCAGAGGAAGACAGUGCUCAGGCCCAGCGGGACGAACGUUGGAACACUGAUGCGGAGAAUCUAGC